UAAUUGAUGUGGUACUUCUUCUACUUCUUCUAAGAAAUGAAAGAGAAAGGCCGUGUAGUAUUUCUUUUUCUCUAACAUUGAGAUUCAUCAUUCUGUGGAAAGAAUUGACUCAGGCUCAGUCUCAGGAGAAAUUAUUGGCUACGCACCUUUCUGUGUUAGUUCUUAGAAUCCCCUUAGGGCAAAGUGCUGUCGCUACGGUGCGGAGUCAGAAUGGCGCAAAAGUCAGGCGCGAAGCUAGCAGAGGUAAGCAAAUAUUUUUUUAUCAUGCAGAUCAUCUUUCACGCCGGAUGCCUAGGUGGAACGGGAAGAGGUAUAAGUAGCAUUUUCAAGGUGGUGAUAUUUUGUGAAAUAUGUUCACCCGAGCGCAAGAACCUUGGUUACUUACAAGUAUGACGUCGAACAUAACAAUCCACAGGUCGCAAGGUCUCAGCGGGUAGUCGUGUUUGGAGAGGAUUAUUGACCUUUCGUAAGGCAGACGCGGGAUGCUUUAAAGAGUCAAGGGAUUGACUUUUAUGGCUUCUUGGUUAUUACAACUCGCUGCGAAUUCAGAUACUAACUAUUUAAGUACAUCUUAUUAUGGUGCCUUAUGGUGCCUCUGUCUGGUGUGAGAGAGGGAAAGAACGUUGAGACUUGGAACGAAGUACUUACUUUUUUUCCUGUUCUAGAGGGAAUUCGUCGAAGACAAACCGAUUGUGUCUAAUCCUCUGUUCAAGGAUAUGUCUUGUUCUUCUAAUUCUCUGUCUACUACAAGGAUAUGUCGGGCGCUGAGCGUUCGGAGCUGGCACAGAUGAGCGGCAAAGGCACAAUCCCGCAGUCCUAUGUGAAUGGCGUCUGCGUUGGGGGAUGCAACGAUGGUGCACAACAAUGGCAGGGAAUAGGUAUGGUGAAAAUUUAUAUUGAAAGAAGACUCAAAUGACUUUGAGUAUAGCUAGAUCCUCAAAAUUACUUUAAACUUUUAAGAAUUUGUUUUUGGCACUAGGUGAAAAAUCUUUCAAAUGAUCUAGGAGAACUACUGUGCUAUGCUAUGAAUGUGUGAAAAAUCUGUUCAAUUAUGACACUGACACAGGAACACUUAUUAGUACUCAUAAUUCUCUGAUGAAGAUGAACUCCCAUUUCAAUUGAAUACUCGAGCAGUGAGUGACUCUUCAUUUUGUCUGUUCCUCUUCUAAACUUCUGAAGCUUUUGAACUCUGGUCGGGUACAGAAGGCGUUACAAAGCACUCAGGAUCCAGUAGAGACGGAGAAAAUACUCAAAGAUGGAUAGCUCAAAGAUGGAUAGCUUCAUUGGGGUUGGGAACUAUGGACGGAACCGAAAUGUCACUACGCCCUAGGGCAUUUUUGGUUUUCUCGGAGUGAGAAGCAUAGCCAUACGCAAGAGGACAAGAACAUAAAUAUUACGAGAGAAUUUACCUUUACACUUAGGAGAAAUUUAUGUGAUGGCGUACUCCUGCAUCGUGUCUAGCACGUCCAGCCGUGGGGUUUGAUUUUCCGAUGCGGAUCGCUUGAUUUCACCUUCAUCUGAUAUGAUCCAAUACUAUGUUCUUAUGAUGUUUUCUAAAUGUAUUUCAUGUUUUCUUGUUGUCUUUUCCUCGUCCCUUCAACAAUUGGAGUUCUUGGUUCUUGGAAAUAAUGGUGUGUAGACUAGUUGCUCACUCUGCCACUGCUUGGUUGGCAAUAAGUUGGCUAAUUUCGAAGAACAACCUAUAGUGAGGCAAAUCCGCUCAGUCUCAAACGUUCUUUUCGUACACCUACCCACGUCUUGUAUGUAUGUUGACAAGGAAUGAGAAGAUGGCGAUGGCCAGACGUAGUCUGCAUCGCUUUCUCUCACAAGGAAC